AAAAAAAAAACCAUCUUUGUACAUGACUGAGUAAUUUUGUUUUAAAGUGGAUUAGAAUUAGACUAGUAUCAUUUUCAUUCAAUUUCCAAACAAGAACAAGAAAAACUCGCCAUCAAAAAAGAAAGAAAGUGUUCUGUAAACCCUAACCAGAAGAAGAAGUCAACUGAGAUUUCAAAAAUGAACAACAAUAACAACAGCGAGAUUGUUAUGGAAACCAAAAGAACGAGAACUGGAACUUCUGAAUGUGGAAAACCGAUUAUAGCCUUGGUUUGCGGCACACUCGUUUACUAUCACUGCGCUUUCAAGAAUUCCGCUAUCGUCUCUCUUUUCUCCGAUGUCUUCAUUGUUCUACUCUGCUCCCUCGCCAUUCUCGGUCUUCUCUUCCGCCAAAUGACCAUUCAAGUUCCGGUGGAUCCUCUUGAGUGGCAAAUAUCUCAGGACACUGCUAAUACUAUUGUUGCUUCUUUGGCUAACACCGUCGGUGCCGCUGAGUCUGUUUUGAGAGUUGCCGCUACCGGCCAUGACAAAAGACUCUUUCUUAAGGUCAUUCUUUGCCUUUAUGCAUUAUCUGCUCUUGGAAGACUUGCUUUCGGUAUUACUAUUGCAUAUGCUGGACUAUGCUUGUUUUGUCUUUACAUGUUGGCGGAAUGCUCUCAAUCAAUCAGUUCAGCUCUAGCCGGGUUCUUGGGAAGAAGAAACGACACUAGUGGAGAACAAGACACGAUUGAGUAACCUGUUCAUUUUGUACAUGCAUUUUUUCUUCAUAGUUAGAGUGAUGAUGUUGUUAUAUUGAAAUAAAGCCUGUGAAUAAUAUUGUGAAUAUAGCAAUCCAAAAAGAAAUGUCUAGGGUAAACUGUCAUUUUGAUGGCAAGAUUUUCAGAACAGAAAUUGAUGGUCCUCUAAAGAUUUGUUACAUUUUAGUAUAUAGUCAAAUGAAUGAUACUUUUUCAAUCA